AUGCCCCCCCAUAACAAGAAAAGUGUGACUCUGGGUGUUCCCACUGACCUUCCUGAGAAGGUCAGUGGGAACCAGCCUAAGCCUACAACCAAGAGGGCACACCCUGCUCCCAAGCAGCAGCAGCAGCAGCAGCCCUCAAUGCCCAAGGCUCCCAAGGUUCCUGACAAAUGUGUGCCUGAGACUCAAGAUAAGCCUGACAACCCCAUGAAGCAAGCCAAGAAUGCAGUGGACCUUACCAAGGAGCCCACUAAGGUCUCUUGGAAGGAGCAUAUCAAGGAGCUCGAGGAGCAGCUGGCCAAGAAGGGAUUUGAUGAAGUCAAGGUGCAGCUCGACAAAGUCAAGAAGAAGGUGCCCAUCAUUCAGGACAACUCCCUCAUGAUACCAAAGCCUCCUGGUCAAGCUGGAUGCAAGACUCAGAUCAAGGACAGCAAGGUCAUUGUCAGGGCACCAGCCCAUUGCUUGGUCAAGAGACAUGAGUAA